AUGAGCGAACAAAACGGUAAAACAACCCCGAAUGAGGGAGCGGGAAACGAUUCCCUGGUGACGUGGAUCCAGACCGUUGAUGAUCAAACGCAACAGAAUAACUCGGAAGAUGCGAAUAGAACGUCGAAUCUCGGGGAUAGUCCGGUAACAAGUCAGGAAAAUAUUGUGACGCCUGUCACAGGGCAGGGAACUACUACGACGAGUACUACAGUGCAGACAAGUAGUCCGACGUAUACCGUGACCCAGAUUCUAACGCUGACGACGAGCAGCACCAGUGUACCAUUCCCACCCUUGCGAACUCUACGCCAUAUUCCGAUAGCUCCGAACGCCAUCGAUGAGAAUAAGACAUACGAGUGGUAUUUGACGCGCAGGGAGGAGGUAAGCGCGGAUCGAUUGCGGUUGGAAGUGGCUCAGCGAGACUUGGCUGAUCGAAUCGCCAACGUGUUAGCCCGUGAGGAGGUUAUACAGGGCGAGUAA